ACAAUAAGUCAAAUGAGUAGCUACUGCGCAUGCGUAUGUUGGAUUUUCCUCCUCUCCAUACCCCUUCAACCACUAGGGGCUAGUUGCUGGAGCGCAAUGGCGGUGCACCGGGGACCCUCUUCGAAAUGGCUUUUUUCCCGGGAGCAACUAGAAACAACGCCGUCCCGCCGCAGUGGAGUCGAAUCGGAUAGGGAACUUUCUUACCGACAACAAGCCGCCAACCUAAUUCAGGAUAUGGGCCAGAGACUCAACGUCUCUCAACUCAUCAUCAACACUGCAAUCGUUUACAUGCAUAGGUUUUAUAUGAUUCACUCCUUUACCAAGUUUCAUAGGAAUAUCAUCUCCCAAACAACAUUGUUUCUGGCUGCGAAGGUUGAGGAACAGCCCCGGAAGCUUGAACAUGUCAUCAAAGUGGCCCACGCCUGUGUCAACCCGCAAGAUGCCCCCCUAGACACCAAGAGCAACGCAUACCAUCAGCAAGCUCAGGAGCUGGUGAUACUAGAAACGAUAGUUCUUCAAACGCUGGGUUUUGAAAUUACAAUUGAACAUCCUCACACGGAUGUUGUGAGAUGUUCCCAGCUAGUGCGAGCAAGCAAGGAUUUGGCACAGACUUCCUAUUUCAUGGCUACCAACAGCCUCCACCUCACCACGUUCUGCUUGCAGCACAAGCCCACGGUCAUCGCCUGUGUCUGCAUCCAUCUGGCUUGUAAGUGGUCCAACUGGGAGAUCCCGGUGUCGACCGAUGGGAAGCACUGGUGGGAGUACCUAGAUCGCACCGUCACCCUCACGCUGCUGGACGAGCUGACCCACGAAUUCCUGCAGAUUCUGGAGAAGACACCCAGUAGAUUGAAAAGGAUACGCAACUGGAGGGUAGGUUCUCCUCUCGGUAACGCUGCCACACAAGCCGCCAAGAAGCCCAAGACAGACGGCCAACCGGGCGACAGCUCCUUCCAGGGGACCUCGUCAUUGGACAGCAUCACCGGUGUUGCCGGCAGCAAUUCGUUCUUCCCCUCGUCUUCCCUGUCCGACUCGGGGGAGAUGCCCUCCCUGGACGACAUGUCGGCCCCCUUCCCUCCCUACCAGGCCCUCGCCGGUGACCAGGCGGAGCUGCUGGGUUUGGACCAGGGCCCCUCGUUCCUUCACCAGUCCCUCCCCUCAAAGUACCCGUCGGCCGGCAAACAUGAACACAAAGUGGGCAGCGCGGGCAAGCAUCCACAGGCCCUACCCAGUAACCCCUCGCCCUUUGCCCGCCCCCCGCAGAAAUUAUCCCUGGACAAGUACAGAGAGAAGCAUGCCGCCGACCUGCAGGCCAUGCAGAACGGAGGUAGAGAGGACCCGGGUGGCGUAGACAUGUACCAGUCCCCCGCCCUCCCCCACCCCCAUAAAAGACGCUCCCAGCCUGGGCAUGGUGUCCCUCAGCACGGGGACAGCAGGAGGGACAAGUCCAGCUCUAAAAAGACACGAGGCCUCCCGCCGCAGGGCUUCCCUGCUGAGAACGGAGUCGCGGCCAGCAACGAGGAGCUCAAGAUGCGAAUCAAAGUCUCUGCUGAGAGGGAACCGGGCGGCCAUGCUGGGGUCCCACAGGGCAAAGAGAAGCACAAAGAGCACUCUGGCCACAGAGGACACCCGAAGCACGGCCACUCGCAUUCCUAUGCCCUCAGCGGGAAUGGCCGCGGGCCCGUCGACCCUGCAUUGGCCCUUAGAAUCCCCGGGAGCCAUGGUUCCGAGACAGGGGGCUCCAGCUCCUCCUCCAGGAAACGAGCACACCCAGACGCCAACAGUCACAGCCAUCACCACCACUCCAGUAAGAGCAGCAGGAGCUCCAAGGGCGCCGGGGCCUCCUCCCACUACUCGACGGACGGCAGCGGCGGCUCGAGGACGGUGGAGAGGCACCACGGUGGCCCGGAGGGGUCAAACGGUGUGCUUGGGUCAAACGGCCAGCACACCGACUACAAAGACACGUUCGACAUGCUGGACUCUCUGUUAAGUGCCCAAGGAAUGAACCUGUAAAACCUGGCGUUUGACGGAGUUAGCGGUUUAGCCUGGCAGCCAGGCUGUUUGUGCCCUGUUCCCCACUCUUUCCAAAACAUGUUUCUUGACAAUGGCAUAUGAGUUAGUGAGACAAAACGGCACAAACAGAUCUGAUACCAGGCUAGCUACAAGUGGUUGGAUGAAGAUAAGUAAUUCUGAAAUGUUUAGUUUUUCUUUCUUAAAGUAAAAUGUUUUUAUUACUUUUAAGUUAUCUUAAAGUAACUCUGCAUCACUCAGUCAGUCCUGUCCACACACAGUAAUUAUUAUUGAUGCUUUAAGGCUGUUCUUCAGAAAAUAUACACCUUGACGCACAGCGCUGUAAUGCUACCUGUCUGCUUGCAACAAAAAAAAACCCUGUGAGCAAUGUUCACCGAUUCUGUGAUUGGAGAGAAAAAAAUAUGAUUUUAAUUGUUCUUUUAACGAAAGAGAGCUGUCCUUUUUAUUUGUUGUUUUUAUUAACGAUGUGCAUGUUUCAAUCACAUAAGGGAAGACAAUAAGCAGCCUGGAGAUGGUUUACAGUGUGGACGUAAAUGUACGUACAUUUUUGUAUGUUAAGAAACCACCAUAUUCCUUGAAAUACUCAGGUCUUGAAACUUUUGAUAUAAAGAAAGAAUUCCUCUCUUUUGAUGUAAUACCUAUAGCUGUGGAGAUGUAUAACUGUUCAUUGUUGGUUGAAGGCUGUGGAAGUUCAGCAUUAACUGUUGGAAGCUAUUUAGUCUGGUAUCAGGUUACACAAAUCUGGCGACUUCCCCAACCAGAAAUCCCAGUUAUGAGGAGUCCUUCGACCGGCUUUUGGAAAACCCUGGGGCUUUUAGGAAAGUUAACAGAUUUUUGCAACCCUAAUCUGCUUGUCUUUUAUAGGGGAAGGCUCAAAUCAUAUAUAAUGGCAGUCCAAGCAAUCACAAACAUGCUAGUCAGCAGUAAACCUAUCCCAAAUCAACUUCUAAUGUACGUUCCAUUCCACAAGGCAUCGAUUUAGCCGAUUUAGUACUGGACUACAUAAGGAAUACGGUGCCAUUUGGAACAGAAACCUGAUGUACUUGUGGGAUCCCAAGUACUUAGGACGGAAGGGUUGAUUUGGGACCAUUGUCCAGCUGAUGGAUGCCUGCAGCUGUGCCUCUAAAACGUACUCGCAGACCAUUCUAGAGCUAUAAGUGAAGUUUACGUUAUAUCUGCUGUGAAAGUGCAUUUAAAAAGAAAUCUUGGCAUAUUUACAAAAAGCCUUGUGAUUGUAACAAGUCGCUAUUCUUAAAUAUGAUAUGUCUAAUUAACCAACCACCAUCUUAUAAAAAGACCUCCAGAUAAGAUUGUGUAAAUAUAUAUAUGUGUAUGUAUAUAUGUCUAUACAUACAUAUACAUACAGUAGGCCUGCAGUUCAGUUAGCACUAACUAGUCUGUUGACUAGUUGGUACCUCGGCCCACACAUUCUAUUAUGCCGUGACAGUGUAUUAUGAGGUCCUAAUGCAGACUCUGUAUUGAACAAAUCCCUAAUUUGUGUACUGGGAACCCAAAUAAAGGUGUAAAAGUGUUGUUUUUACACACAAACGCA